GUGCAAGCGCUGCACGAUAGAUGUCGCUGUUACCGGUGUAUAUUAGUAAAUAAACGAAGUUACUAAGAUCCUGAAUGGGUUUGAGCUUGACGUUGCAAUUGUCUGUCUAUGGUGUCAUCAAACAAGUGUCAAAACACAAAUUCUAAUGCUACAUCGGACAUAGGCUAGUCUAAAGUACGUAGUCCCAGUAGGUGUUGUUUUUUCUCUGGAACAUUCAGGAUUCAAAAUACAAAUAAAAGAUGACGAGUGGAACAUACUCAUGGGAGGUCAAGAGGAAAAUGAACAAUCCGCGUGUGUUCGCAACUCCUUUGGUGUACGGAGGCAACAUUUUCGUUAUCGGAGGUUGUGACCAAACUGGAGCACCACUAGAUACUUUUGAAUAUUAUGAAACUGCGAAAAGAAAGUGGCACAAUCUUCCAAGCAUGGAAACCAAGAGGGCAGCCCCUGCAGCUCAGGUUGUUGGAGACAAAAUAGUAGCUAUCGGAGGUGUGGGAGAAACCCAGGCGCCUGUAGAUGCUGUCGAAGUCUAUGAUAUUAAAGCCAAAAAAUGGUUCAAAAUGGAGUCUCUUACUGAACCAUUGCAAGGGGUUUCCUCUAUAUUACGUGAUAACCAGAUUUUAGUUAUGGGAGGAAUGUCUGAUGAUUCUAAUCCGAAGGAUCACUUCUGGAGUUAUGACGUAGAGAACAACAAAUGGAAAGCUCUUCCCUCCAUGCCUACACCAAGAUAUGCUUCCGCUGCCUUUGAAAUAGACAACAAAUUAUAUGUCAUAGGUGGACGACAAGGAAAGUUGCCUUGUCUAGCCUUUGAAGUGUUUGAUUUUGACACCAACAAAUGGACGCAACUACCAGAUAUACCCAGCAAGAGGGUUUUCCCAAAUUAUGUCCGGGCAGGAACGUGUAUAGUCAGUGUUGGGGGGCUCAAACAGCCAGCAUCCGAGGGGUUCUCUCAGGCUUGUGAGGUGUUCGACACUGCAGCACAGAAUCCACAAUGGAAAAUAGGAGUGAACAUGCCAACCAAACGAGGGGACUUUGCCAUAGGUGUUGUGGGCAAUAAAGUGAUCUGUGCAGGAGGUCUCGGGAGCCAGGGUAAGCCGCUACAGACGGUAGAAGCCUAUGACUGGGUUGGGGACACCUGGUCAGAGAUCAAAGCCUGCCCCACCACGCACUGCUCAUGCGCCUUCACCAUGCAUGAUGACAGACUGCUUGUGAUAGGAGGGUUGUCCAUGGCUGGACCUAGUUCCUCCAUGGAAGCCCUCAGUUUUAAGCCUGACAAGUGACCUGUUUGUUUGCUAGUGUGUUUCUACUACAAUUCAAUGUUUUUCAUUCUUUUUUUUUUUAUUAUCCAUCCUUAGUUGCAAUGCCAGCAUUAUUUAUUUUUUUUACAUGUAGAUGUGACAACCUUAAUAAACUCAUUUCAUGGAGAUCCAAAAACCUUGAUCCAAAUAUAUAUUAUCAUUUAUGAUGUAACUUAAUUGUUUGUAUGAAUUAUUUUUAAAACAAAGUCGCACCUGUACCUUGAAAUCUUUUGCAUGUUAACAAAUUGUCAUUGAAAUUACAUGUAUUACAAGAGGGUAUAAUAUUAAAUUGGCAAAACUGUAAUUCCAUAUGCAUGAGAUGACUUAUUAUUAAUCUGUUACAGUGUAUUAAAUUUUUUUUUUCAAAAUGGGUACUUUUUUAGUGUGAAAUUCUAGAAUAGGAUGUUUCCAUUGAAAGAGUAUUUAUACAUAUAUUGUGAUGAAUCCUACUUUCUUUUUUUUUAAAACAAAAACAACAUCAUAACUUUAGGAAAACAAAGAAGCCAUAUUGUAUAGAAAAAAGAAGAAUUUUCCCGUUUUCUGAAAUAGGCUGAAGAAUACCCAACAUUGAGUUCACCAAAUGAUGCCUGAUAUUCAACUUUAAUCUAUCAUUCA